UUUAUACCUCCCCCACAGAGUCUGAUGAAACACCAUAGCGGUGUGAAACAGUAACUGUAGCGGUGUGAAACAGUAACUGUCCCCUCGGUUUCGUCAGUGGCGUCCGUCCCGGCCGUACUGCUAUGUUUUAUCUGUACCCAGAAAUAAAGAAUAGAGCACAGAUUAUUGCGACAGAAACCUCAUUGUAUAAAUAUCCAGACCCCAGCAAGAGGGGAGAAGCCUGCGAAGGGAUGAAGAUGAGAAUACAAUUGAUGCUGCUGCACAUGGUACAACACUUGGCUCUUUCCGAAGUGACUUCCUUCUGUAAAGAUACAUCUGUGUCAUCUAAGAAAGAGAAGAUCUUAAACCUGCUGUCCUGCUGGGAAGAUGAUAAGGAAAAGGGGGAUAACCACAACGAAAACCGUGACCAUGUUUUCAAAUAUAGGAGCUGUAAGGAGAUCAGAGACUACAUUAAUGAUGCCAAAGAUGGAAUCUAUACACUGACCACAAAAAAUGGAAUGACCUACCAGACGUUCUGUGACAUGACGACUAAUGGUGGAGGUUGGACUUUAGUGGCAAGCAUUCAUGAGAAUAAUAUACAUGGGAAAUGUACCUUGGGCGAUCGCUGGACAAGUCAACAAGGAAAUAAUGCAAACAACCCAAAAGGUGAAGGAAACUGGGAUAACUAUGCUACGUUUGGGACACCGGAAGGAGCCACAAGUGAUGAUUACAAGAAUCCUGGAUAUUAUGAUAUCUUCUCAAAAGAUGUAAGUGUCUGGCAUGUGCCUAAUGAUACUCCACUGGAAUUAUGGAAGAACUCCUCCUUACAGAGGUAUCGGACAGACACUGGCUUCCUACAACAUGAAGGUGGAAACCUAUUCUAUUUAUACAAGAAAUAUCCGGUGACUUUUAAAGCAGGAACCUGUCUGGCACAUAAUGGACCAGCGGCACCCGUAGUGUACGACUAUGGAUAUGCAGAAAAGACUGCCAGGUUUUACUCACCCAAUGGAAGAACACAAUUUAUCGCUGGCUUCAUUCAAUUCCGUGCAAUAAACAAUGAAGGGGCUGCCCUGGCACUCUGUCCCGGAAUGAAGGUGACCGGCUGUGAUGCCGAACAACACUGUAUUGGAGGAGGAGGGUAUGUCGGAGAGGGUCUCACCCGGCAGUGUGGAGACUUCACUUCUCUGGACUGGGAUGGAUACGGUGCACAUACCGGGUGGAGUUCCAGCAAAGAAAUCACAGACGCUGCAGUCCUGCUGUUCUACCGCUAGUACGCCUGCAUACAUACAUACAUAUGUCAUCCUUCACACGAAUACUAUAGCCAGCAUUGUAGUGGUCUCCAAACCGUGGACCUCCAGCUGUAAGCUCAUUCUAAGACACCAAACCACCAGCAUGUCUUCAGGCCCGUGUUUCCCAACCAGGGGGCCUCCAGCUGUUGCAAAACUACA